CCCUAAAAUACGAUAUCAUAGUUGUGUAAGGUUAUGUGAGGUUAUGUUAGAAAUUACUUCAACAAAGUGCCCCAUUAAAAAAUGACUACAUCAAGUGAAGAUGUUCUUUUACAAGUUCCACAAGUACGGUAUAAAAAAGGGGAUGGUACUUUGUUUCUAAUGGACCAAAGGUUAGCUUGGAUGGUAGAAAAUAGGGAUACUGUGUCGAUAUCUCAUCUUUACGCUGAUAUAAAAACACAAAAGAUCUCACCGGAAGGAAAAGCUAAAGUACAAUUACAAGUUGUUUUACAUAAUGGUACUACAUCUACUUUUCAUUUUAUUAAUCGUAAUGGUUCUCAAGCUCAGGCGGGAGAUAGGGAUCGUGUGAAGGAAUUGUUACAAUCCUUAUUGCCCAAAUUUAAAAGAAAAGUUGAUAGGGAGUUGGAAGAGAAAAAUAAAUUGCUGUCAACAAAUCCGGCUUUAUUACAACUUUAUAAAGAUUUGGUUAUGACAGAGGUGGUUACCUCUGAAGAGUUUUGGGCUCAACAUGCUACACAAUAUACAAAGGCUCAAAAUUUACAAACCCAAGAUAUAGGUGUUUCAGGAGCGUUUUUAGCAGAUAUCAAACCCCAAACAGAUGGUUGUAACGGUCUUAAAUAUAACAUAACUGCUGAUAUAAUUGAGUGUAUUUUUAAAACAUAUCCAGCUGUUAAAAAGAAGUAUGUUGAACAUGUUCCUGCAAAACUUACAGAGGCUCAAUUUUGGACAAAAUUUUUUCAAUCACAUUAUUUUCAUCGGGAUCGAAAGUACGCUGAAAGUAAAGAUUUAUUUACUGAAUGUGGCAAAAUUGAUGAUCAAGAGAUGAAAAAAGACAUUCAAAUUGGUGUUAAAGACCCUUUGGUUAAUAUGGUUGAAUUUGAAGAUAUAACACUGGAUGAAGGUUAUUGUACAGUAUCUGAUAAAAAUCCAACUACAACAGGAACAGUUAGUCAAGCGAUGAUUAAACGAUUUAAUCAACAUUCAAUCAUGGUUUUAAAAGCAUCAAAAAGCAAACCCAGUGAGAAUGUUCAAAACGGUACAGAUCCAGGCACGAGUUCAAAAAUAGCCAGAGAUGAAGAUGAAACGAAUAGUAACAAAGAAAAUGGUGUAGAACACGUUAGCAAAAAACAGAGGAUACAAGAAAAAAUAACUUAUGAUGACCUCGACACUGAAGUAGAUCGGUCAAUAAAUAAAGUUCCCCAAUUAAAUUUAUCAAAGGUAGAAAGAUAUUUGCAUGGUCCAAUUCCUGGAGCGGCAACUGAACAAUUAUCUUCAAACGAAGCGGCUGCUGUGUGUAGAAAUGUGAUACAAGAAACUAAACAAUGGUUCGUUAGACAACCUUCAGCGACUUUAGUAAAUCCAGGGGCUGCAGUUAGUGUUUUGGGCGAAUUAUCGCCUGGCGGGGCACUUAUGAGAGGAUUUCAAGAACAAUCUUUAGCACAAUUGGUUCCAUCUGAUACUGAAAAAGAGGUGAGAAAUCUUUAUUUGGCGUUAUGCGAAUUAUUGAGUCAUUUUUGGAAAUGCUUUCCACCAACGACCCCAACAGCUGAGCAAAAAUUAAUUAAAAUGCAUGAAGCGUUAAAUCGAUAUCAUGCUGUAAAGUUAAAACCAUUCGAGGAUAAACUUAUAAGGGAGCUCUCUCCAUUAUCUCAACACUUAACGAAACAUCUUAACCAACUUUUAAACGCGGCCUACCAAAAGUUUAAUAGUUUUCAAAAAAUGAAAACUCAUCAUCGGUAACUAAAAUGUUUUUCAUCUACUUUAUUUUCGCUUU